AUGGCGGGCGUCGCGGGGAAACGGUGCUCCGCCUUCCGGACCUUCACCGACUCCCUCACCAGGUCGGAAAAGAAGCGGAUCUGCCUCCAGAUCAACAAGGAGUACGGGAUCUUGAGCAACCUGCUGUUCGGCAAUUAUUUCCCCACCAGUCUGGACCACAGCUUCGUUGCCGGACAGCCAAAAAGCCGGAGAAAUCCGAUACGAAUUCUUCAGAAAUUCAUCCAAAAGGAAGACGGAGUAUAUCGCGAUUUGAACGUCAAAUAUUAUGACAUGGUUGUGACGCUGUGUAAUUUUCUCAAUGGACAAAUUCCAGGUGAGAUUACUGUGUUUUUGCUCUUUUUUUUGGGGUAUUUUGGCGGAGGGCAAGAGUUGACCCAAGACUGGGAAAAUGGAAAAUUUGGAUUUCAAAUGGUUACCCAAUGGUUUCAAAAUGGUUGAUUAUAACCGGAAAAUAAUUCCAAUUGCUAUUUUGAACUAUUUUACAAAAGUUUCAUCACUUUGCGUCACGAAGAAAGGCUUGUCUCAAAAAUUUUAAUGGGUCAAGUUUUGCUCUCAAUUCCAGCUCGGAAAUAUCACGAAAGGUUUUUGAGGUGUACUGUAAAGCUUGUUGCUCAUUAAUUUUUGUCAUUUCGCCAAAUACGACAGCUCUUACGUUGUUAAAAAAAUUGGGUCAAGUCUUUCCCUCGUAAUUUUUUUUGCUAGAGUGCUUAUCAAAGCGCUAAAAUUUCAAAUUUCAGAUGACUUUAAGGAGGACGCUAAACGACUUGAGAACAGAAUCACAUACUUGGACCUAGUCCGAUACACUCAAUUCUCACCCGUCCGCGCUCGAGUCAUCAUCCGAAAAAUCGCGAGUUUAGGAAGACCGGAUGACCCAAAAACUAUCGAAGAAUUAAUGGUAGGCGGUUUAAAAUACGAUGUGUCGAAUUUUUUCCUUAUUUAGUGUGACAGCAAAAUUUUCCCGACGGAAGUUCUGGUGGCUAUGACAAUAUUCCGAAAAUACGUGAUUGAUAACAAAUUGGAUGGACAUUUUGACGCCACUUGGUCUGUAGAGCAAUAUAAUGGCACUGCGACUCCGACUGAAGACCAAAACAAAGCGUAUUUUAAGUUGUAAGUGGGUUUUGGGCGAUUUUUUUAUAUUGUAGUAGAGGCGAAGUGUAAUAUGUCGAAAUUUAUUGGGUUUUGAAGGGAAUAAGAGGGCAAAAUGAGUUGGCAGGGCGUGAAAUGGCUUGUAGAUUGAUUUAUAAAAUUUGGCGUAAAUUAUGGUGACAUUUUAUACGAUAGAUUUGUGUUUUUCCGGCUGGUGGGGAAAUAGUUGAUAUCUUUAAAAGUAAUGGUUGGAUUUUUAUGGAUCUUGGUGAAAAUGUUAGUAAUGAGUGCCUUUAAAAGUUUUUAAAACGAUUUUUAAAUUACGCCCUUAGGGCUUGAGAUAUACGCAUUUUUCAUAAAUAUUGUAAUUGAUGUCUAAAGUAAGGUAAGAUCAAAAAUAAAUUUUUGAAAUUGCCGUUUCGAGUAGCGUUGACUUCUCAUCUAUCAUCCGUAAAAUAAAAAUCGCCGUAUUCGAUAUGAUAAUAUAAGAGUGAAGAUAUAAGAACGCAAGAGCCAUUUUCAAAAAGCACCCUAAAUUUGCUCACUUUUUGGCUCGCAGGCGAUUCUUUCAUUUUGCUCACCGAAACGGCGAGCAAAUCUUUCGCGGCGAGCAAUUUUACAAUUCCGCUCGCCGCGGCGAGCAAUUUUCUAAUUUCGCCUGCCGCGGCAGGCUAGGGAAAGACUUGGCUUUGAGCCAAGUCUUUCCCCUUGGGUGGCUCUUCCUCCCAAAAUUUUUUUUGUCAAGAUUAAAGUACGUGUCUCACCAAGCCAGAGAAUGUUUUUUCCUCCAACAGCUAAGUUUUUCGCGGCGGGACGCGCGUCCAAUGGGCGUGCCACUAAAAAUAAAAAUAUUUUCUCGAAGAAAAUUGAUGUUCUAUUGUAAAAUGAUGUUUGAGUGGACUUUUUACAGAGGUAAGUUAGAUUUUCCACCUAUUGGAGCUUGAAAAUGGUAUAAUAGUUCUUAGUUGUCCUAUUUUCCCUUAGUUUACGCAAUAUUACACGAUUUUUCGGACAGAUCAAGAUUGACUAUGGAGAAUUUUAGUUUUUUUUGUUGUAAUUGCAGGAGUAUACGCAAAAUCGUCCAUCCCGAGACCGGAGUCACCUCCAAGUUCAUGAAUACCUUCACCGUCGAUGUUUUUUGAAGUGAUCGGCAUGUUGUUUUAGACCAUUAUUUCAUUGUUUAUUUAGAUUUUUGGGCAAAUGUUUGAAUUUAUUACUGCUAGAGCCUCUAGCAUCGCCCAGUUGAAGAUUGCCACACCCUCUCCACGCGGAAUCUUGAUUUCGGUCCGUCUGAUCUUGCCCGGAGAAGAUAGGACAUGAAGAAUGUUUCCGAAGAAACCAAGCCAUCACCAAGUACACCUCUUCCAUGGAAAAUGGAUUGGCCUCCUGGCUUCACAUUACUGAUCCCAAACGGCCCUCUUUAGGGCCACAUAUUACACUGGAUAUUUUUUACGCUGUUUUUAAUGUUUUAGGUAAAAAUAAAUAUGUUUUUUUCGAAUUGAUCAUUUAGGUGGUUUGGAGCUUAUGAUAAAGGAUUCUCGACGAGUUCUUUCAUGUUUUCGAAUCGUAUUUGCCAAGACUAACUUCUAUAAUCCACUAAAAGACGAACUCUUUAUUUACGUUCAAAGCAUCAAGAUCAAAGAAAUGUGGCCCUAAAGAGGGCCGUUUGGGAUCAGUAGUAUGUGAAGCCACGAGGCCAAUCCAUUUUCCAUGGAAGAGGUGUACUUGGUGAUGGCUUGGUUUCUUCGGAAACAUUCUUCAUGUCCUAUCUUCUCCGGGCAAGAUCAGACGGACCGAAAUCAAGAUUCCGCGUGGAGAGGGUGUGGCAAUCUUCAACUGGGCGAUGCGAGAGGCUCUAGCAGUAAUAAAUUCAAACAUUUGCCCAAAAAUCUAAAUAAACAAUGAAAUAAUGGUCUAAAACAACAUACCGAUCACUUCAAAAAACAUCGACGGUGAAGGUAUUCAUGAACUUGGAGGUGACUCCGGUCUCGGGAUGGACGAUUUUGCGUAUACUCCUGCAAUUACAACAAAAAAAACUAAAAUUCUCCAUAGUCAAUCUUGAUCUGUCCGAAAAAUCGUGUAAUAUUGCGUAAACUAAGGGAAAAUAGGACAACUAAGAACUAUUAUACCAUUUUCAAGCUCCAAUAGGUGGAAAAUCUAACUUACCUCUGUAAAAAGUCCACUCAAACAUCAUUUUACAAUAGAACAUCAAUUUUCUUCGAGAAAAUAUUUUUAUUUUUAGUGGCACGCCCAUUGGACGCGCGUCCCGCCGCGAAAAACUUAGCUGUUGGAGGAAAAAACAUUCUCUGGCUUGGUGAGACACGUACUUUAAUAUAAAUUUCUUUAUGGUGUAAUCUAUAUGCAUCGACAGGACAAUAACUCCAAAAGUAAGUUAAAUUAUCCCUCUUUCUAAAUAUGACAUGAUUUUUUGCAUUACAUAAGCUUAUCCUGGCGCAUUUAGCCAUUGUUGUAGGUAUACAAAUUUAGCUGAAUGCUGUUCGUUCUUGCGAUUCCAUGAACGAAAUUUGAGAGAUUCCCCGCAAAAGAACCGGCGUCGGGCCUUCUUCGUGCCAGAAUUGUUUCAGCAUGAAAGGAUUUUUUUGUUGCUUCGAUUUUCGAUAUUACACUAGGUACUUUUAUCAAGUUGCAGGCAAAAUCUAAUGUUUUUUUAAGUUUAAACCCGAAUCUACAAAGGUGAGUCAUUACUAAACCGUCCCCAACAUAAAUAUUCUUUCAAACCCGGGUUUGGGAUGUUUUAGGGCCUAAGUGAUCAAGUACGUGGAUCUAAAAAAAGUCUCAAAUACCUCUCAUACUGUUCUAAACAUGCUUUAGAUCGACCAGAUACCUUUGAAAUAUGGUUUGCGAAGUAUUCAUACGCAUCUAUGGCCGCGGAUACAUCAAAAUUGUUCCAUACCUAAAAUCGGGAAAAAAUCAAAAACGUAAAAAGUGUAAUAUCGAAAAUCGAAGCAACAAAAAAAUCCUUUCGUGCUGAAACAAUUCUGGCACGAAGAAGGCCCGACGCCGGUUCUUUUGCGGGGAAUCUGUCAAAUUUCGUUCAUGGAAUUGCAAGAACGAACAGCAUUCAGCUAAAUUUGUAUACCUACAACAAUGGCUAAAUGCGCCAGGAUAAGCUUAUGUAAUGCAAAAAAUCAUGGCAUAUUUAGAAAGACCCUUUAUUUAACUUACUUUUGGAGUUAUUGUCCUGUCGAUGCAUGCAGAUUACACCAUAAAGAAAUUUAUAUUAAUCUUGACAAAAAAAAUUUUGGGAGGAAGAGCCACCCAAGGGGAAAGACUUGGCUCAAAGCCAAGUCUUUCCCUAGCCUGCCGCGGCAGGCGAAAUUAGAAAAUUGCUCGCCGCGGCGAGCGGAAUUGUAAAAUUGCUCGCCGCUUCCGCGGCGGCGAGCGUUUUGAAAAUUUUGCUCGCCGUUUCGGUGAGCAAAAUGAAAGAAUCGCCUGCGAGCCAAAAAGUGAGCAAAUUUAGGGUGCUUUUUGAAAAUGGCUCUUGCGUUCUUAUAUCUUCACUCUUAUAUGGAAAAAAUUGAUUUUUUUUAGAAUUUCGUCUACCCAAACCCGUCUUUCCGAAACCCUCCAAAUAUACCACGAAAUUCGAACUUUUUUGGCCACGAAAGACGACACGAUGGGACAGAUCAGAGCCGAAUCGAACCCUCAAACAGCGGAAUUCGAAUCCAAACGUCUCAAAGACAAGGUCCAUCGGCUGAUUUUGGCCGCCGAAAACGCGAAAAAACAGUACGAAGAAGCCGUGGAAAUGAUGAAAACGUUCGAAGACUACGAUCAAGAACGCGUUGAAGGUAAUGAUUUGAUUUUUUCAGCGAUUUUUUUUGAAAUUUGAGAAAUUUUUCGAAACUUUUUUUUCGUAUUUUAGAUAUUUCAAACCUGCUGAAAAACGCUGCAAUUGAUGACGAGUUGUCGAGGAGUGUUAUCCCGGAGCGAUUAUUCAUCAACCGCCGAAAUCUUUGGUCGUUUGCCGCAGGCGACGAGCUUUUCGCGGAAGACACGAAAACCGUGGAAGAAGUGGACCGAGCCGACGUAAAAGCCGUCCUAUUCGACGAGAAUUUUAUGCAACAGUAUGAAGGAGUCGAUAUUAAUGAGCUCCCGCCAGCACGUCGAGAGGAGACUGAGACUGAAGAAGAAACGUCCGAAAAUCAAGAACUAUUUGAAACGAAGCGAAAAAAGUAAGUGUUACCAAAAAAUUGAGGGCUUUUGUGAAGUUGAGAAGGCAGAAUAUGACCCUGUUUUCUUCGUUAUGUGUUUUGGGACCUUUACUUUUUGAUUUCACACCUUUUCAAAGCCAAUAAAACGAAAAAUUUGAGUCUCGCCACGAAUUUUUGGCAUUCCGUUUUAACCCCCCAAAUUUAUAGAAUAGAGGGCUAGGAGAUGUCAGAAGACUUGAACAAAUGAAUUUUGGCGAAAAAUCAGCUUUUCCGGAAUAUAAAUUAGGCUGGCUGGCUCUCGAAACGAAAGUUUGGCAUUGUGUUUUAGGAGCUGGAAAGGGCCCAAAAAUAAAAUAUAGGCUAGUAGAAAGCAAUUAUCUUAUAUAUUGUAAAAUUUUACAACUUUUGAAGAAUUAUGACAUCGAAUUUGGGUCCCACCACGAAAAUUGGAAUUAUCCCGAAAGCAACGGAAAGGCUGGGAAUUUGAAUUUUCUUAGCCAGAAGUCAUAUCAGAGUGCUGUCAAAAUUGUUUUCGAGUUUUUUUACAUCGCAUUUUUUAGCUUUACAGCAACUUUUUUCCCCGGAAAUAAAAAAAUUUCCAAUUUUCAGAACCCGCGCCCCCGCCAAAGCCUACAACAAAAAAGACAAGUUGGACGCGCUGAUCGGGCCGGAUGUACCAAGCACAAGUCGAUAUCGCCCACCAUCGCCUCAGGCAACGACCAGCAGAAGCACAAUGUCGGAGACUGUUGUGUUCAGAGAUUCGCCUUAUCAAAGCGACAGUUCCAGCCCAUCGCAACUCAGCUUCUCGAGCAGUGAGUUGAGUUUGCCGCGACGUCGCCCCCUCGUAGUAAAAUGCUGCCGAAACCCGGUAUCGACGAUCCCUAAGAACGAUGAGACGAGUUGGGAAACGUCCAGUCAAGGGAAUAGCAGAGAGUCGAGUCCGGAAAAGAGGAAAGAUGGAAAUUCGAGGGAGAAAGGGAAGGAAACUGAUGGCGAAAGUGAUGAACGAGGUGGUCCGCCGACGGAUCAGGACGAAGUAACCGACUUGGCGACCGAUCCAGCCCCCAUGGACGACUUGGCGACUAGCCCAAGAAAAAAAUCGACCUCUCCGACCAAACGAGCCGAAAUAGGGACCAGCCCCGCGAGAGGAACAAGUUCAGGGGCCAAUCCAGGUAAGCAGUCCUAGAAAAGACCGGUUCAACUAAAGCCACACUUUCAGCGGUCGUUCCAGCAGUCUCAAUCGAAGAAAUCUCCAGUCCAACAAGGUCAACACGUUUAACGACCAAUUCAAGCCGCUCGGCCCGAACCUCCAGCCAGUCCAGCCAAGAAGAUCGUUCCUCUUCCAGCAACCACUCCCGAAGAUCCACCCGUCCCACGAAAAUCGAUCAGAUGCUCGAAAACAUCCAAGAACAGUACCAUCGACCCCUCAAACAGUCACCCAAUAAUUCCCCGGUCAAAACGACGAAGAAAAAAGAAAAAGACGGCCGGCGAGGACGAUCGAAAAAGAAAACCGCCCGAAACAACGAAAAUGAACUCGAAGUGGACUUUGAAGUCGAAAACCCGAUCGAUGAAAACGCUCCGGGCAAUCCGGAUCAGCAUGGUAAGUGAAAUCCCAAAUUCUACCGUAAUCUUUGGGUCCCAUCACGAAAAUUUUGGGUCUCACCACGAAAAGUUUUGGGUCUCACCACGAAAAUUGGCAUUAUGUUUGAACGCCUGGAAAUGGCGGGAAAUGGAAUUCGAGUUGAAAUAUGACUGAUUUUAGACCCAAUCCAGCCAAAAACGGAAUUUUCGACCGGUCAAACAAAUUUGGCUAGCCAAAUCCCAGUCCAAGUGGAUCAGCCGGCCGGACAAGGCGGGGAUCUAGAAGAAGCUUUCCAAGAACAUCUGAGAUUGCUAAGAAACGCGGAAGAAGAAAAACCGGAGGUAAUUGUGAGGGCUGGCACAGCUGAAGAAGAAGUCCCCGGUCAAAAUGAGGGAUUAUCUUAUACUAGACCAUCUGAACCUUUAACAAGCCAAAGUGAAAAUGCUGAGGGACAAAAUGCAGGUGUAGAGAAUCUUCGAGCUUCUAGAAGACAUGAGAGUCACAAUGAACUAAGAAUUGAGCCGGGAACAGAGCAGAAUGAACGGUUAUCUUGUACUAGACCAUCUGAACCUUCAAGAAGUCAAAGUGAGAAUCUGACAGAAGAUAAUGCGGAAUCAGCUGAUCUCAUGAUUAGAGGAGAGCAUCAGGCACCUCAGGAAGGCAGCAGACCGAAUGGAGAGCAGAGAGAAAAUCAGAACAGCAGGUUAUAUUGUACUAGACCAUCUACUCCUCCAACUGGCCAAGUGGAGGUCCAGCCUGGGCAAAGUGAAGAGUUUGGCGCUCAGAAUGAAACAAGAAGGCCUGGGGAUCAGAACGAACCGAUAAAUCCGCCAAUAGAAGAUCAAAAUGUCAAUCCACCUUGUACUAGAACAUCCGAACCUCUAAGUGACCUAAAUCAAGGUGAAAAUCCACGUUCUUGCCCGAGUACGAAACAGAAAUCCACUCCAGGAAUCAUUAUGGUCAAGCCCGAACCAGUCAGCGACGAAGAAACCGCGGAGAGCGAAGAAAAUUUAGCUCCGGAGAGUCGGCAGCUCGCGCCCCCGGAUGAUCAUGAAGAAGUCCAAAGGCAAAUUCUUUUGCUAUCAACGAUCAAAAUGGAAGUCGAUGCGUGUCCGGACUUUAUUAGUAAGCGGUUUUAGCGAUUUUUUUUUUGAAAUUUGAGGGUUGAAAAAUUUAUAUUACUUUAGGCAAAAAAUUGAUGAAAAUAAAAUUUUUGGGAUGUUAAGGGGAUUAUUUGGGGUUAAAAUUUUGUAUCGAGAUCCUAUAUACUAUUAGGUGUAGAUAAAAAAAAAUUUACCGUAUAAGGCUGAGAAAUCAAAAAAUUUUUCAAAUUUAUAUUGUUUUAGGCCGGUUCAAAUCGAAAAAGCGUCAAAGAGAAGAGCAACAAGCUCAGCAGCAGCAAGACCUGGAUCUGAGGCCAGUCGAGAGUGAUCAGCCAGAUAUUAGCGCAGAUUUGUCCGGCCAAGAGCUUCAAAUUGACGAAGGAGAUCAAGAAACCGCCCCUCCGAACCCCGUAGACCAGGAAAACCCGACGAAUUUUGGUAAGAAAAAAUUUUUUUACAGUAGUUUUUGUCCAUUUUUAGACCUAACCCAUCCCUCUGAAGCUCCUGCGACUUCAAAUUCGGAACAACAAAAUCGACCGGUCGAUAAUUUGGCUAGCCAAAAUGAAGCCAGAGUUGAUGUGGGAAUUCAGAAUGAGGCUGUGAAUCAGCUAAUUGAAGAUAUUGCUAGCGUUUUGAGGGAUCUGGAAGCCCAGUCCGGCCAAUCCCAACCAGCUGGCCGAAAUUUUCCGACCACCCAAAAUUCUCAACCCACCCGCCAAACUCGACCCACUAGCCAGUCGAGUCAAAAUUUAACCUCCAGCCAAUCCAUGCCGACCAUAGCCAACGCGCCCGAACCAUUUUUUCAACCCCCAUCCCCGUCAACGCAGUCACCCCCAAAGAAACGAAGAAAAAAGAGAAAAUCGCCUGAACCAUCAGUCCCCCCAAAUUUUGGCCCACUGAAUCCACAAUGGAAUUUGGCCCUAGGCCCACAGAUCAAUCCUCAAAUGGCUUCGGACUCGGAUUGGAGGGCAGCGCCUGGAAAUUCGAACGAUCUUGGACGUCGACAGCAAAUAAACCAAGGUAAAAUUUUGAGGUUUUGGGGCAGAAAAAAUUACUGAGAUGUUAGUAGAGGAGCUGAGAGGUGUGUGGAGUUGUAAAUAGGCUAUUUUUGGCCUAUAUAUAAACUUUUUAAGACCAAAUCUAAAAAAUUUUGGAAAAAAUCGAAAUUUUUUUAUGUUUUUCGAUUAUUUUUUCUUGUUUGUUCGAAUUUGACAGCUUUGUCGGGGCUUUGUAGAUAUGUUUCCAUCGUAAUAUUGCAUUUUUUCGCCCAAAAAAUAUGGGAAAAAAGUUUGGGUUCAAGCGGGAACCGAACCCGCCGCCAGAAGGACCGGAUUCCCAGACUACCGCAUUAGCCACUAGACCAUGCGAACACGCUAGGCCGGAUUUUCGCGAAAAUUUAUUUUUGGACAUUUUUAAUGUAAAAAAGUGUUGGUAAAGUAAGAAAUAGGUACAAAAUUGUUUUUUUAUGGUGUUCAGCAGGGUUUUAGUUAUUUUUUGAUAUACAUAAUGACUGGGAUGCUUAUUUUUCGCCAUUUUUUUCUUAAAAAUAAUUUUUUUUGCUUUUAGCACCCCAUUGGCAACCUGAAAGAUCUCCAGAGGCAUCAAGGAGGCCACCCGAAUUUCAAUCAUCCCCUCUGCGACAACCUCAAAUACCAAUGGCCAGCCAUUAUCAACCUCAAAAUCCGCAAAUUCCCGGGCUUGACUACAGGAAUCGACCUUCUACAGGACCAAGUCAGCCUAUUUUAGGACAAGUUCCGCAGAAUCAAUGCCAAAACAUGCCAUAUGGCACGUUUGAGGAGUGGUAUCGAGCUGUUGGGCAACAACAAGGUGCGAAUCCUCAAAAUAUCGUCAGGUUUUUCCCUCCGGUUGUCACCGCUCCUAGACAAGACCAGAUGACCGCUCCUGGAAGCUUUAGCAUCCAGCCGACGUCAACUAUUCGCUUCCCAAAUCAGCCGGGACCAUCUGCACCUUCCCAGCUAGAUCAAAAUGCUCGAUUGGCCUGUCAAAUGGCGGGAUAUGGGCCGAAUGUGGGCCAAGGAGCUUCGAAUGAGCCAAAUAGAAGCCAAAACCAAUUUGGGUCACCUAUUCGCAUCCAAAACCAAGUCCCGAUGUCAGCUGGUCAAGUACAAUAUCAUCAAAGAUCGAACAGUCAAGCGGUGGGAUAUGCUCCGAGAGAAUUUCAAAUGCCAUAUCAUGACCCAACAAGGCGUCAGCAACCUUUUGGCCCCUCGGGAAGCUUCCAUAAUCAAGCCCCGACAGCAUCUGGUCAAGUACAACAUCAGCAGGGAUCGUGCAGUCAGGUGCAGGGAUAUGGCGUAAGAGUUAGUCAAGGACCUUCUAAUGAUCCAAGAGUCCAGCGGACUGAGUUUGCACCCUCUGGAGGACAUCAACAGCGCGCUGGAACAUCAACUGGCUACCUACAACAAUAUCAGGGAUCGGCUAACCAGAUACCGGGAUACGACCCCCGACUUGGUCAAGCUCAUUCGUAUGCCCAGAGUAGUAGCCAGCCUCAGUUUGGAGCGUCCGGUGGCUAUCAGCAACAAGCUGGACCAUCAGGUAGUCAAGUACAACAUCAUCAAAGAUUCCCCAACCAAACAGAAUAUGCCGUCCCAAGAACUGGCCGGCCACUCCACAGACUCCUCCCCAACACCAUCAGCGCGAAUCUCCAGCAGGUCCCAAUGGAGAUCCUCGGAAUCCUCGGUCUUUUCGAGUACCCCCUCAACAUGUCCAACCCCAUGAAUCCCUUCGACCAACGCGACUUCUACCGAAUGAUCGACGACCUGAAUAAUGACCGCCUCUUCGACCACAAUGGCCAACAGAUCACGUCGAUUGAACACCUCGGCGCAUGGAUUGUGUACAUCCGCAAAAAAGUUGUGGCGUGGUAUGAAUCAACAACACUGUAG